AUAAUUAAUUGAUUGAAUACAAUCAACUCAACUCAUAUAUUAUGGCUUCUGUAGAGAAGCUGCUAUUCUCAGGCAUAAGAAGUUUUGGACCCAAUGAAGAAGAUUCUGCAAUAUUAAAAUUUGCUAAACCUUUAACGAUUAUUCUCGGACAGAAUGGUUGUGGCAAGACCACUAUCAUCGAAGCUCUCAAGUAUGCCACAUGUGGAGACAUGCCUUCCAACUGCAGUCUGGGUGCUGGGUUUGUCCAUGAUCCAAAACUCUGCAACUGCACCGAGGUGCGAGCUCAAGUCAAGUUACAAAUUCAGGAUAUCAAAGGCAAACCAGUAUUCAUCUCUAGAUGUAUGCAGUCCAUGCAAAAGGCAAAGAAGUUGCAGUUCAAAACUUUGGAUCAGACUAUUACUCGUAAAAACCAAGCUGGACAGGAGGUCAGCAUCAGCGGCAGAUGUGCUGACGUAGACACUGAGAUGUGUUUGGCACUCGGUGUCUCUAAACCGAUCCUGAACCAUGUCAUCUUCUGUCACCAAGAAGACUCUAACUGGCCAUUGGAUGAAGGGAAGAAACUGAAAGAAAAGUUUGAUGCUAUUUUCGACGUCACAAAAUACAACAAAGUCUUGGACAACAUUAAAAAUGAGAGAAAAGCUCUUCAUACUGACAUUGCAGCAAAGCAAUAUGAUUUAAAAGAGACUUUAAAUAAGAAAACGGAAGCUGCUACAAAGAAGAGUCAUCUAAGUGAAGAAGAAACACGACUAAACACAAUCAAUGAUCAAAUUACUGAGUUCGAUAAUGAAUUGGCUCCAGUUAAAAGGCGACUGAGCGAGCUGAUAUGCAGGGAGAUGGACAUAGGACAACUGAUAACAGAGAAAGAAAAGAAGAAUACCAAACUAGAAUCGGUCCAAAACAACAUACAAGACUAUGAGAUUGCAAUCACCGUAGAGUUCCAGGGAUCCUUGGAAGACCUCCGCAAAGCCAUUGACGACUUCCGAGAUCAAUCCAGUCAGCAAGAGUCUAAGCUGAAAGGACUGGAGGCAGAACUGAAAAGAUCAGAGAGAGAUGAACAAGGACUUCUAAAGCAACUGAACACUGAGCAGGUAAAACUCGGCCAGCUCACAAGGGAUGAAGAACAAAACAGUGAACGGAUCGAGCAGCGCAACAAAGCUUUGGGCUUAUUGUCUGACCAGCUGGACCUUUCUGCCUCGGUGCUGACAGAAGGCGAUGUUGUUCGCUCCUUGGGAAGUGUGGAACGCGCAAUACGCAAUGCCGAGGCUCAGCUGGAAGAGUUGCGCGAGGCUGGUGACGCUGAGGAUGCGACGUUGCAACGCACAAUUGACAGCGUAAGAGAGGAAAAGACCAGGCUGGAGCAACAGUCCCAGAUCAAGAACCAGCAGAUAAAAACCAACCAGCAGGACACUAAGAGAAUCAAGGCGGAGAUUGACGAGGUGAACCAGUCAACAGACAAGUUGAAUAGAUUACAGAAAUCUUUGGAGAGAGUUCAGAAAUCCAUGGAGGAUCUCAGCAAAGCCAUGGAUCUUACACAGCUAGAACAGGACAUCAAGACUUCUGAGACACGCAGGGAUAAGUUAGAAGAUGAGUUGACAAGUCUAGACAAAGAAGUGAGAGAGCUGCAGUCGGUGAGUCAGCUACAGACGGAACUCAACGUACAGAAUGAAGCAAAGAUUGCCAAAGAAGCAGAGAUUCGCAAACUGAGAAACAAGACAGAAGACAACCUGGUCCAUCUGCUAGGCAACAUUCCAGAUUCAGGAAUCAAACAUCAACUACAGUCUUGUAUUGACAGAUUGGCUCAUGACAUCCGGACGCUACAGUCGCGCAUCACAGAGAAGCAGCGACAGUUGGUGACGUUGGAGACGGACCGUAAACACUUGAGGGCGCAACACCAGGAGAAGACGAGAGCUUUGGCGCAAGAUCAGGAGGAGCUGUACAACGCCUGUGAGAGUCGAGAUUACGAGGUGGUAUUGGAAGAGGUGACAGCACAGGUGGACAAUAUACAGGCUGAAAAAGGUACUCUGAAGGCGUCCGAGUUCAUGUUCGGAAGAUACAUAGAGAAGCUGCAGAAAGAUAAGCCUUGCUGUCCGUUGUGUCACCGGAGCUUUCAAGAGGCCCAGGAGUCUACAGAUCUUAUCACUGAGCUGGAAGGCCGGAUGCAAAGCUUGCCGCGGAAUAUAGAGCAGAAGGAGCGAGAACUAGAGCGGCUGCUAGAGCAACAGAGCAGGUUACAACAGUUGCGGCCGACAUACGAGCGCAUUGCUAGGCUCAAGAAUGAGGAGAUACCUGGCUUACAGUCACAGUUAGAGACGGUGGAGCGUAAGUUGGAGGCAGUGAGGCAAGAACUUUCUCAACUACAGAGUGACCUCAUGAGCCCUCAGUCAGACGAAGCAAUGGCUAAGAGUAUUCAAGGAGACGUAGCCUUGUUGGAUCAGCACCAAAGUGAAUUGAAACGCUUGGAGCAAAAUAUAACAAAACUGCAAGCUAGGAUGCCACAAGGAGGAUCCAACAGAACACUGCAGGAAGCAACAAGUGAGCAGGACAAGCUGCGUACAGAACUACAGACCCUGCGUAAGAGUUUACACUCUGCUCAAGCCCAGAGAGACCGCCACAAUCAGCAGCUGCACAAGAUGCAAUCUGAGAAGAACUCCAUAGUUGAGCAGCAACUCAAGAUCCAGGGAGGAGUACAGCAGAAGAAGCAGUUGGAUGAUAAACUGUCAGAACUGCAGGUAGCUGAACUGAUGUUACUGGAGGAGUUUGCACAGAUCAACGAGCAGAUGCUACCAGUCAGCGAACGGCUGGAGGCAGCCAUACGAGACAAGGAGGUGGCUCGCAACACUCACAAGAAGAAACUGGAGACUGAGAGGGCUAAGGUGAACAGGUUGGUGACUCAGUGUAACGAAGUUCGCAAGUUGCAAGAGGCAAUUACAAGAUAUGAGAAGUGCAACGGCUCUGACAAGUUGGCUGCAACUCGGCAGAACAUCAGCAGAUUGGAGCGAGACAAGGAGGCUGUACUAGGCAACAAGAAGGAGUUGCUGGAGCAGAUGGAUGAAGUGAAGGCUCAUCUCACUAACCAGCAGGUCCGAGAAAGAGAGCUUGAUGAUAAUUUGAAACUACGACAGAAAAGAAAAGAAAAGGAGGGUAUUGAAGCGGAAAUAAGAGAGCUAUCCACAAAGAUAGGAGGAAUGGACUUAAAAAAAGUCUCCCAAGAAAAAGAAAAGCUAAAGAAAAAAGAGGAAGAUAUCUUUAGAGAGAAAGCACACACGGAAGGACGUAAGCGAGAAUUGCAGAAUAAUAUUCAAAUGUUGCGGAAAGAACUGCAACAAAGCUGCUUGAAAAACGCUGAAAAGAAAUACUCUGAUGCACUCAUCAAUUUGAGGGUGGCGGAAGCAGCCUAUGCUGAUCUCCACACGUACAGCAAAGCUCUGGAGUGGUCUCUUAACCACUUCCACAACCAGAGGAUGAAACACAUAAACGACAUCAUCGGAGACCUGUGGACCCAGAUAUACGCUGGCAACGACAUCGACACCAUCAUGAUACGCAAUGACGAGGACUUGUCAACAGGUUCGGAGACAAAGCGUAGAAACUACAAUUAUCGAGUGGUGCAGAUCAAGAAUGGACAAGAAAUUGAUAUGAGGGGACGCUGUAGUGCUGGCCAGAAGAUGUUGGCUUGUUUAAUCAUCCGGAUGGCACUGGCAGAGAUAUUCAGCACCAAGUGUGGUAUCUUGACGCUAGACGAGCCGACUACGAACCUGGACAGAGACAACAUUGAUCGACUCUGCAGCGCUCUUGUCAACCUUAUCAACAUCCGAGCCAACCACAGCUCCAACUUCCAACUCAUAGUUAUCACACAUGACGAAGAGUUCAUUGACAAACUGACGAAAAUGCACAAAGUUGAUUACUACUUCCAGGUCUCUAGGAAUGAGAGAGGGAAGUCUACAGUGAAGAAGAUUCGUGCUGAUUACUAAUGUCCUUCACCGGAAACCAAGCUCACACACUGACACUCUACCAUGCGUUUAGUUAACAUUACUUAGUUUUUAUGGAGGAAAAAGAAUCAGACAUUCUACGAAUUAAUUUUGCGUAGUAUGAUUAUUCUUAUGGCAAUUCAAUUUUUGCCCGUGUAAUAUGACUUGUAAUUGCCAUCUAUUUAGACUUAAUUUGUAUCUAAUUUUUUUAUUGUUAUGAAAAUUAAGUUUAUGUAUAUCAAAUCAAAUUUAAGUUUUGGUAGGGAUUAAAAAAUACUCAUUCUGCAUUUUUUUUAUGCAAAACUGACCAUGCCGCCAGGGCCGAUGGUUUGGUGUUAACAGGGAUCUACAGUGAAUGACGGAUCGGCUUGAAUAAACCGUAACUUUUGUUCCAAGUAUAUUUAAUUGAUUGUUUGUGUUAUUUGUGGCAUUAUAUAUCCUACAUAACUUAGUGAUAUUUAUUUAGUUUAAGAACUGUUAUGAUAUCUUGUUUUGUUAUACUAUUAAUUUUAAUGUUUUUCAUAUUCAUUAGAUGUUGAAGUUCCACAACACUUAGUUUUUUAAGUGACAGUGCUUUUGAACAGUAAUUCAUUACUCGAUGUUCAGAGCUUAAAAGAUUUCCUUAUACCUCUCUGAAUACUUUGGAGGGAUAUAUUUAUGUACUUUUAUAACGACUGUUGUUACCUUUUUGAAAAUAAAAGAUAUAACAAAUUA